AUGGUCCCCAAAGAAGACCUUCAGCAGAUUCAGAAAAUCCCUAAGGCUCCCGGGAAGAGCCUUCCCAGUGAUGGCCUUGAUGAGGUAACCAAAGUCGUAGCCACUGUGAAAUGUUAUGUAGGUGACUUCGUCAUUGCACACAAGGCCGGACGACACCAUGAGCUCGGCAAACCUGGCGGCGGCCACCCCAAACUUUCGGGUCUGCUCAAAAUCGAUGCCCUGGUUGCGGAGGAGGUCAAUAGAGUUUGGCGCGUGGUCGUCACUCGAGAUGUCAAAGUCGCAGAAAUUGAACUCCCAUAUGAAGCGGCGGUCAGGGCAGCCGAGGUCCGGGAGGUUCCCGGACGCGUCGGAGAGAGUGAUCCCCACCUGGAUCAGCUUGAGCGCGUCCACGUUGGACUUGAGGGUCUGGUAGUGCUCGCGCGGGUCGGAGUAGUGCUGGUAGGGGCGGAAGACGACGCCGGGAAACUCCGUGUCCAUGGAGACGAAGGGGAACCGGUCGACGAGGUCGCGGAUGAGGGAGAAUUCGUGACGGAUCGGAUCAAGACCGGUACUUUGGAGCGGACGGGAUCGGCUAGGAGCGGGGGCGACGGAGGAGGAGAGGCGGCGGAGUAUGGCGGCGGCUUGUCGGGGGGGAUGGCGGUGGCCAUGGAGAGGGCAUUCAGAUCGAAAGCGAUGGAUGGCGAUUUGUUGGAUUUGGGGGAAAAGCUAGGUGAGUCCUCAACAGUUCCUGCAUUCAACCCUAAAUCACACUACACCACUCCCAAUUUGAACACAAAAUACUAUAAUAUCAACAAGAACAAGUCCCAAAGGUUUGUCACACACAAGAAAAUCCCAUCAACAAACUUUCCCAACACAGUCUUGCAGGAGAACAUCGGCGGAAUAACAAAACACAACAUAAAGGAGUUGAAAAUGGGAGAAAAGAGUUAUCCGGAACGUCCCUUCAGGAGGCUGGACGAGCUUACGGUUGUUCGGGGCAGCCAUUUCUUUCUUGAGUUGUGUCAGUAUAUCCUCCAUUGUGUACUCUCGCUGCCAGUUGGCAAGAAGCCCGAACUUUUUAGGUUCCACCUGAUCGUGAAAACAUGUAACUCGUUCACUCCCGUAAAUAUGCAGGAGAACGUCAAAUCGUACUAA